AUGACGGAAUUUAGUAUUCAAAGAUUGAGAAAGCUGAUCGUGUCUAUGACUUUCUGGAUGUUAAAUUCGAAAUUUGAUGUUGUUCGGAGUCGAAUAUUGGGCCAACGUCCUAUACCCUCUCUCAUGAAGGGCGCUGGUAUUGAACAGACUAGAAUUGUAGAUGGGUCUUUUGCCCUUGUUGCAGGAAAAGGCAAUCUCUCUCCGUUUGAGGGUUUAGUAUUACGUGAUAUGUUGCAUGUUCCUAAGAUAUCGAAGGAAACAGUGCCACCUGUUGUUUCUCUGGCUCCGGUCCAUGUGUCUGACCUAGUUUCAGUUCCAGGUAUGUGUAUACAUGACACUAAUGAUAUUGAUACUUGUGCUAAGACUGACACUUGCAGAAUGGACAAAGAUAAGGAAGGCAUUAAUAGUACCACUAAGGAAACCAUGACAAUCGAGCAUAGUGGGAAACUUGACGAGAUAGAAAGUCAUGAUGCUUCUCUUGAUCUUCCAAUUGCUCUGAGGAAAGGUACUAGAUACAAUAACUUCUCACCGGAGUUCAAGGCUCUUAUUACCAGUCUGCAUACAGUUUUUACCACAAAAUAUAAGUUUGAUGGGACUAUCAACAGGUAUAAGGCCAGAUUGAUUGCCAAAGGCUUUACUCAAACCUUUAGAGUAGAUUAUUCUGAGACAUUCUCCCCCGUAGCCAAGCUUAAUACUGUCCAGGUGUUGUUAUCUGUUGUUGUGAAUAAGGAUUGGCAUAUUCACCAACUGGAUGUAAAAAAUGCGUCCUUGGAUGGGAAACUUGAAGAGGAAGUCUACAUGAGUCCUCCCCCGGUUUUGAGAGUUAAUUCAAACACCGGGUGUGCAGACUGA